UGGACUGGUAAGCAAUAUCCAGCCUAUGUUCCGUAAAGUAGUGAGAACGUCCUCCAAGGUUCUUUUAGGGACUACUGUACUUGGUGUCGGUGCUUAUGGCAUAGAUUCUCGAACGGAGGCCCAACUUUUACAACGUAAUGUUCGCACGUUUUAUAAUGGCGUUGCAUUCGCUCUAGACUACAAACUCAAUUUCCGUCCACCACGCCAUGCUGGUGACAUGGAUGCAUUCGAUGCACUUCAUGAACGACUGGCCAAUCGUAUGUUUGAUCUAUUUGCUGACAACGGUGGCCUCUAUAUCAAGAUGGGACAAGCCAUUGGAACGCAAGCGGCCAUGUUGCCUCCAGCAUAUCAAAAGCGGGCGAGGGAGCUAUUUGACUCCGCACCAGCUGUUCCUUUUGAAGUGGUGCAGCGAGUAUUUAUGGAAGAUAAUAACGGACUGCAUCCAAAUGAAGUAUUUGCCGAGUUUGAUACCAAGCCUAUAGCAUCGGCUUCCAUUGCCCAAGUCCACAAAGCUCGACUGAAGAACGGAGACUGGGUAGCUGUGAAAAUCCAGAAACCGGCCAUUCAAAAGCAGAUGAAUUCGGACUUGGCAGCGUUCCGAAUUAUUCUCAAAGUUUAUGAAAAGAUCUUUGACCUACCGUUAACCUGGAGUGCCGAUUACAUAGAGAAACAUACCCGCAUGGAAGCCGAUUUCGAGAGUGAAGCAAGAAACGCGCAAAAAGCAUGGCAUUUUAUGCAGCAGGAAACCAGUUUACGUGAUCUCGUGUAUAUUCCUCGCGUUUAUCCGGAAUUCAGUACAAAGCGUGUCCUUGUGUGCGAAUGGGUUGACGGGAUUCAACUGACGGACAGAGACAAAAUCAAAUCGGCGGGUCUCGACAGUGAGGCGGCCAUGAAAAUUGCCAUCGAUGCUUUUGCCAGUCAGAUUUUCAAGAGCGGGUUCGUGCAUGGAGAUCCGCACCCCGGCAAUGUGCUUGUUCGACCGAAUCCGAAGAAUAAAAGCAAGACACAGGUCGUCAUCAUUGAUCACGGACUGUAUAUCCAGGAAUCCGAAAAAUUCCGCUUAGAAUAUUGUAAACUGUGGGAAGCGCUUUUCAUGCUGGAUAUGAAGACCAUGAAUAAAAUAUGCGAAAGCUGGGGUAUUCAUGACUCGAAUAUCUUUGCUUCGAUCACUCUACAAAAGCCAUUCUCGCCAAACAAAGCCGUCCAUCUUGGAAAGCAGACUCUGAAUGCUCACGACAUGUACGAGCUGCAAGUCAACCUCAAGCACCGUAUUAAAUACUUCUUACAAGAUCAAGCAUUAUUUCCUCGCGAACUUAUCUUCAUUUCACGCAACAUGAAUAUCGUACGUGCCAACAAUAAGGUGUUGGGAAGCCCCGUCAAUCGUAUCAACGUCAUGGCACGCUGGGCGGUGCGAGGCUUAUCUGUCCGCAAUGAUCCUUCAACACACGAAAUGGCUAAACUGUCGAUUACCCAGUGGAUGAGGCUUCAUAUCCGUGGCACAUUUCACACUAUCCUUUUCGACUGCAGCUUAUUCCUGAUGAGUCUGAGUUUCUGGAUCGUCAAACUGCGGGAACGAGCUGUCAGCCUGUGGAAAGGUACUGCAAGCAAAGGUUUUGAAGACAUCUUGGACGAUAAACUGAAAGAGCAGAUCCAGCGUCAAUUUGGCGUUGUGGUGGAUGAUUCCAUAUUCGAUGCAUAGUAAAAAUAAUAAUAGAUGCUCCCUCCCCCCGUCUUUAUACUAUUUUUCUCUUUUUUUUUUGUAAAUUAUUUUCCAAACUUAAAAUACACAAGUAUGUACUUUGCGGCUUUAUUCGACAAAAGAUCAUCCACAGCAUUAACAC